AUGGGUACUGAUGAUUUUGACCCUUCUGAGGAAAUGCUUAUGAAGAUGUGCCGACACCGGACAUCAGUAUCAGCAGAAGUUUACAAUGAUUACACCGCUAUGAAUUAUAUUUAUCCAAUUUACCACAAAGAGCCGGUUCAACACACGCAAAUUACUAAUGCGAUUAAAAGCUGUUUCCUCUUUUCAUCUGUGGACGAUAAACACUUGAAGAUACUGGUAGAUGCGUUCAAUUGCUAUGAAUUUCUUCCCGGGACGGUUAUAAUGAGGCAAGGAGACUUAGGGGACAAGUUAUAUUUAAUCCAAGAGGGGAGUGUAAAGGUCACUAAGCUCGUAGAUGGCAAGGAACAAUUUAUUUGCGACAUGAAGGAGGGGGAAAUUUUUGGCGAAUUAGCUUUGAUGUACAAUGCCCCUAGGGCUGCCACGGUAACUGCCAUUGGCAGCGUAAAGGCCUGGGGAUUGGCUCGCGAGUGUUUUAACCAUUUAGUGAAGAAUUCUGCAAUCAAGAAGCGUGAAGAGUAUGGGUCAUUCAUUUCAAAAAUUGAGUUAUUGAAGGGAAUUGAUGAGUAUGAGAAGUUGAAGUUGGUGGAUUCUCUGCAAAUUGUAGAGUUUGACAAGGAUGCUACUAUAAUCAAUCAGGGCGAAGAUGAUGAUAGAUUGUUUAUGAUGGUUGAUGGAAAGGCAGCUGCUUUUAAGGACGGAAUUGAGAUUAAAAAGUAUUCGUCGGGGGAUUAUUUUGGAGAAUUGGCGCUGGUUAGGGGGACAAAACGUGCCGCCACUGUUAAGGCAAUUGAACACUGUAAGGUUGCUGUUCUGGAUCGUGUCAGAUGCAUAAAUAUCCUCGGGCCAAUUGAAUCUAUCGUCAAACAGAACAUUGAAAAUUAUAGGCAGGCUCUUAUUGACUCUGGGAUUGAUCCCAGCUUUCUUAACAAUUAUUGA